UGGGGCUCAGUGUAGCCAGGCAGAGGCCAGUGUAGCAGGCAGUGAAGAGAGUGUUUAGUGCUCAGCCAUAGAGACGUGUCCGGGGUGGAUAAACCAUGCUCACUGGGUGGGAGAAAGACUCAGCCUGGGACACAAGAUGAAGGUGGAGAGGAAGACCUCCUCUACAGGCGACAGUUUCACAGACAUUCAUUCAAGAGUGACGCUCUUUGGCCUCCUCCUCCCCCUCAUUUUCUUCACAGGUCAGGUGUCAGGGGUGAAUGUGACCAGUCAAACCCAACUGGUGAGAGGAACAGUGGGCAAAGAGGCCCUCCUGUCAGUCAGCUACUCCAGCAGCAGCUCCGACCAGCCUGUCAUAAAGUGGCAGCUGAAGCGGGACAAGGAGAAACCCAUCACUGUGGUGCAGUCCAUAGGAACCAGCAUCAUUGGAAACCUAAGACCAGAGUACCGCAACCGUAUCCUGGUGUUCGAGAAUGGGUCACUGCUGCUCCACAACCUGCAGCCAUCAGACGAAGGGGCAUAUGAAGUGGAGAUCUCCAUCACCGAUGACACCUUCACUGGAGAGCACUAUAUCGAGCUCACUGUGGACGUUCCUGUGUCCAAACCUUACGUCCAGAUGAUGGCCUCGUCUGUCCUGGAGUACAGCGAGUACUUUCACCUCCACUGUUCCCAUGACAACGGCACAAAGCCUGUCUAUGGUUGGCUGAAAGGAGGCAAAGAGCUGACUAAUGACUCUCGUCUGCUGCUGUCACAUGACCAAAAGGUGCUGACCAUCUUGCGAGUGUUGAUGUCAGAUGAUGACAUUUACGCCUGCACAGUGGAGAACCCCAUCAGCAUGAUGAAGAGCAUGCCCGUCAAGCUCACUGUCUACAGACGAAGCUCGCUAUACAUCAUCCUGUCCACCGGGGGCAUAUUCCUCCUAAUCACCCUGGUGACAGUGUGUGCCUGUUGGAAACCCUCCAAAAAAAAACAUCGCCCUAUCCCCCAAAGAGCUCCAAUCUAUGUGGAGCAGAGUGAAAAUGGCCAUGAUGUUGAUGUUGUGCCGAAACCAACCACACUUGGUCGAAGGAGUCCCAUGCCUCUCUAUGUUCUCAAUGAAGAUGAAACUCUGGAGCGUUUGGAAGAAUGUCCAGGUAAUGCUAUCAGCCAAUCAGGAAGGAACAGCCCUACUACCUACAUCCCAACCCGCCCCCACUUCUCCAACACAUUGGAUAGACCCAUCUGGUCUGCACCACGCAGGCACACCCGCAGCCCUGUGCCCCCUCCCCUGGCACACCCACUCCCACAAUACCCCACAGGUCCCCCCCUGCGCCCUGUCCACUCCCCGGUCCACUCCCCUGGGGCAUCUCCACACAGUUUCAGCCCUAUCAGAAAGGCCCGCCCUCCAGCAGGAAUCCCACCCAGCCAUCUGCCAGUGGAGCCAACUGAGAGCCCGAAUACCAGUGACCGGACUCACUCCCCGACCCAACAGUGACCCCAUGUCACCCAAUACACUUUACACCAAGUAUGUUGGUGUUUUGUUACUCUCUGGCAUGAUGAUUCUGGAUUUGAUGCACUAAGGUAGGAGACAUCUCAUCUGGAUAUCCAAGAGACUGUCAGUAGUCCACUCUCAACUAACUCCAUGUCUUCAUACAUGCACCAUCAUUUAUGUCUCCAUGGCCAUGACAAUACCUCUUCUGUCUUCUGGUAAAAAUAAUAUUUCCUUUCCACCAGCAUUAGAUAUCAUACUGAGACAGUGAACAGUUCCCAGUCCUGUGGUAUAUAUUUUGAUUACUGAAGAUUUCUACUGGGAAUUUUUCAUGUAGUAAAUGUUUGUACAUAUGUAAAUGACGUGAAUGUUUGGGGAAGGGGAGGGGGAUAG